AUGGAGCACACCCACUUCCUUAAAUCCCCAAUCUCUCUCAUUUUACCGAUACUCUUCACCGCCUUCAUCCUCGGUUGCUUCCCCACCGUCCGAUCCGAGCAGGAACCUAGUUUCAUCAAGCUCCCUUCAGAGUCUCAACCAGCUGAUGUAUGUCCUGUUGUGGUUAAGUCACCCGUUCACGCCCUGUCGUGUCCGGUCAAUUGCUUUCGACCGGACCCGGUUUGCGGCGUGAACGGUGUGACGUAUUGGUGUGGCUGCCAGGAAGCCCAAUGUGCCGGGGUUAAAGUGGCCAAGUUGGGUUUUUGUGAGGUUGGAAAUGGGGGUGCAGCCCCUCUCUCAGCGCAGGCCUUGCUUUUGGUUCACAUUGUGUGGCUCAUCGUCCUCGGGUUUUCGGUUUUGUUCGGACUUUUUUAA